GAUACAGUAUAUCAUACAAUUAGUUAACUUUAGCAAACUAAAUUAAAAUUAUAGCGAUCUGUGGUUAACAAACAUGAAGACACGAGAAAAAGAGGUCGGCGUCAAUUAUAAAUCUGAAAAAAAUAACGAUAUCAUAAAAGGAAUAAAACAUCCUUUACAUAAUAGUUGGAGUUUCUGGAUGUAUACUAAUAAAAAUAAAGUCUGGGAAGAAAAUCUUGUAAAACUGACCACAUUUGACACAGUUGAAGAUUAUUGGUCUUUGUAUCAUCAUAUGAAAUGUCCUACGGAGCUUGAACAAGGACAAGAAUACGCUGUGUUCAAGAACGAUAUUCGUCCUAUGUGGGAAGACCAAGCCAACAGAUCCGGUGGCCGCUGGAUAAUUAAUUUCGAAGGAAGACAAAACUUAGAUAUCGACGCAUUGUGGUUGUAUGUGGUACUUCUUUUGAUAGGCGAAAAUUUUCAGAAUUCCUAUGUUAUUUGCGGGACAGUUGUGAGUAUACGUCAGAAGAGUAAAAUAGGUAUCUGGAUAUCCGACUCGAAAAACAAGAAAGCAGUAGUGGAAAUUGGAAGAAAAUUGAAAGAUAAUUUAGGUCUCAAAGGCAGAAUUAACUUUCACGAACAUAAUAGUAAUAAAAACAUUUUGUUUAUUUAACCGAUGGCUGUAAGAUUUAUGACCACGUUACCUUAUUAGUCUGUGAUUGUCGUUCGAUUGUUGUUAAUUGU